CGAGGCUGAGGCUGCCACUGGCGAGAGUCUGUUUUGCUGAUCGUAGAGUUGUGUGAGGCCGACCAGAGCCCCCCAGCCGACAUCCGGACAAAGAUGAGCAAACAGGUAAGUGGACGCACAAGACAGCUCAGGGAUCAGCUCAGCGAUGUCGAGUCCGUCAAGUAUAUCAUCGACAGGGACGAGCACGUCCUCACACACGACAAGGACGGGGUAGGGACAAUAGAAAGAGCAUCGGUAUGCACUCAAGAGGCUUUGUUCUUCAUUCGUACAGACAACACCGUUCAUGUAUGCUGCUGUUAACGGACAAGUUGAGGUGAUGUCGGUCCUGUAUGCCAAGGAUAGCAACCUACUCACUCAGAAGAACUCUGUAGACACACUCCUCUUCCCUCUACCGCCGUGUCCAUUGCCAUCCUCUGUGCAUGACACACACACAGGAUGGCGGGACGGCGCUGCAUUUCGCUGCUAAGACCGACCACACUGCCGUUGUGACGCAACUGUGAGAGACACAGACAAAAGUUAUCAUUUCAUCAUCCACACAAGCUUUGUCUUUUAAAUUCAGGCUCAAGUGGGGAGGCCGUGACUUGGCAGACUUGCUCGAUGCACGCACCAAUGUAGCACAGCGUGCAUGUCUUUGACAUAUAAUGUGUCCACUAUUGUGUGUAAGCAUAUGUUGAUUGCAGGACGGUUGGACGCCAUUCAUCGUCGCUGCAGGCUGCGGUCAACUUGGCGCGAUGAAGCUCAUCCAUGCGAAAGGAGGCGACGACCUUCUCAUGCAGAAAACCUAUGUAAGCUGCGUCCAUAGAGAACUGACUGCCUUUCUCUCUGUGGCUAUUGCCUUGUGGAUGGCAACUACAGGACGACUGGACGGCGCUCCACUGGGCUGCACACGGGGGGCGUUAUGCGGUUGUCGCCCAACUGUGAGAAGUGCUCAUCCCCUCUCCGACGCGGACUCUUCAUCUCCUCUUUUUUCGUUGCAUGACUCAGGCUCGAGUGGGGUGGUGGCCGUGAAAUGCUCGAUGCACGGAACGAGGUGGAAGGGCACACUUGUCUCCACACGCUCGUUCAUGUGGCGAUGUGUGUGUGUUGGUUGCAGAAUGGCCUGACCCCAUUCAUCGUCGCUGCUGGCUGUGGUCAAGUCAGUGUGCUGAAGCUCAUCCAUGCUGAAGGCGGCAACAGUCUCCUCAAGGAUAAGACCCAUGUGAGAGAAGGGAGAUAAAGGCAGACAGAAUGCUGGUGUCCCCCUGUGUGUUGUGUGUGACAAUAGACUGGGAACACGGCGCUGCAUCUGGCUGGCAUGCAGGGCCAUACUUCCGUUGUGAAACAGCUGUGAGCCACGAGUGAAUCACCCACUUUCGGUGUCUUUGUUUUUCUCCUAUGGUGCCAUAUGUCUGUAGGUUGGAGUGGGGCGGCGGGGCUCUCCUCAACAUGAAGAACAACAAAGUACUUGACAUUUGCCUCACGUAAUCGGUCUUCAAGAACUUUCUCCUUUUACAGGGGGAAACGCCAUGGGACACCGCGACGAGCUCCGCGAGACAAACCAUGGCUAGCUACAAGAAGUAGGUACUCGGCGGUGUGUGAGUUUUGCUUCAAGCCUAAGUCGGCCGGAUAGCUUUUGGGGUGUGUGGUGCACAUCGGUCUUCGUCAGGGUGAUGAAUGGAUGUGUGUGGGCGUCUGUGUGUGGGGGCGGCGCCUGUCUGUUUGCCCAUGUGUCUGUGUGCCCAUGUGUCUGUGCACACAUGUAGUAUCAACGGUGAUGUGUGUGAAGACUGGUUGUGCGACAGGGAGGCUCUUGAUUUGCGCCGUGUUGGUUGGCAGUUUACAGAAGUGGUUGAGAGCCCACAGAGAGAGAGGGAGAGACAACCGAUGGGCGCAGAAGGUGAAUGAACGGGUUUGUGCG